GUUCUUGUUUCAGACGGGACAUUUGUAGACGCACCCUCAUCUGUGCAGUGCUCAGAUGUCUGUGUUGUAUAGAUUUGUUUUUAUGUUUUGAUUUAUUGAAUAUACAGCAGCUUUGACCAAUUAAAAUAUUCGCUUCAUAGAAAUGUAAAACUUCAAUUCAAUCCGAUUUAAAUGUUAAGAUUAUUGUGCAAACAAAAGUUAGGCGUCUGUUGCUGUUAGCCACUUGUUCAAAGUUAUUUUCGACAAAUGCCGCCGAAAAAACGAAAACGCAAAACAACUCUGAAUUUGGAGUGUGAAUGGGGUUUGUGCCAAGAAGUCUUCCACGAAAUCGAGGCUUUGUGUAAACACGUCGAGGAACAUCUGAAUAUUUUGAGCGUCACAGAAGAGGACGCAGAGGAAGCAGAGGGAGUGCACAGCUGUCUGUGGAGGGAGUGUGGUUUCUGCUCCUCUGAUGGUCCUGAGGAGUUGAGGAGACAUGUAUUUUUUCACUGUUUCCACACCAAACUAAAGCAGCUGGGUCAGCAAGUACUAGAAACCCAACCUGAGCUUAACAAGUGCACUUUUGGAAUCGGAAGAAACAUCAUUCCUGAAAUUCCUGACAAUUUUGUGUGUCUUUGGGAACAUUGUGAGCAAGGACCAUUUGAAAAUCCAGAAUGGUUUUAUCGUCACGUUGAGAUGCAUAGCCUGUGUGUAGAUGUUCCACCUGGAGACUGUGACUUUUCAUUACGCUGUGGAUGGAAAGACUGUGACGCUACUGUUAAAGGACGUCCUAAAUUGAAAGAGCACCUUCGUAGUCACACCCAAGAGAAGAUAACAGCUUGUCCAGGCUGUGGGGGCAUGUAUGCCAGUAAUACCAAGUUAUUUGACCAUAUCAUUAGACAGAGUGCUCUGGAAGGUCAGGGGAGGUUUCAGUGCUCCCAUUGCUCCAAACGUUUUGCAACGGAACGACUACUGAGAGAUCACAUGAGGAACCAUGUGAGCCACUACAAAUGCCCAUUGUGUGAUAUGACCUGUCCAACACCCUCAUCCCUGCGUAACCACAUAAAGUAUCGUCACAGCACAGAGAAGCCAUAUAGUUGUGAAUACUGCGAGUACAGCUGCAAGAAUCAAGUGGACCUCCGUAAACACCUGGACAGUCACAGCAGUGAACCAGCAUUUCACUGUGAUGUUUCUGGUUGUGACUUUACAUCUCGUUCACUUUCCACCAUGAAAAUACAUCACAAAAAAGAACAUCAGGGAGACUUUAUGGCUCGUUACAAAUGCCAUGUGUGUGAACAGUGCUUCACCAGAGGAAACAGCUUAACGGUUCAUCUGCAUAAUAAACACCAGUUUAAAUGGCCAUCAGGACAUCCACGUUUCAGGUAUAAAGAGCAUGAAGAUGGAUUUAUGCGUCUACAGUUGAUUCGUUAUGAAAGUGUGGAGUUGACAGAACAACUGAUGAGAGAGAAGCAGCGCAGACAGCAAGAGGAUGACAGUCAGGAGGGCCCAGGGCUGGAGCAGGAGGUACCCACAGAGGUGCAGGUGGAACUCAGGGGGGUGUUGUUGGAGGAGCAGGGCCCAGAGGAUCAGAGCGCACCAGAACAGAGCAUUCUCUAUGUCCUGUCUGGAGAUGUAUCAUCUACAGGAGAUACUGCUGUCAUACUGCCAUUGUCAGACACCACCCAGGAACCAGGAAUUGAAGUUUAGCUACCGCGACUACAUACAAGAACCACACAAAAACACAAUUUUGAUGGGACUAACAGUCUAUCCUUUUUAUGUGCCUCUACUUCUGCUUAGACAAAAGAAGAAAAAAAAAGUGUUAUAGGCAACAUUUUAUGAUUUUACCCUACAUUAGGCGUAAGAUCAGCUGAACAUAUAUUUUUGCUAUUUUGUUAAAAUGUGAUUCAUUUGUUAUUGUUUUAUUUAUAGGAUAAAAUUGUUAAUGGUCAAUGGGGCUCUGCUUAUUUGAAAACCAAUUUGCUGCCACUAAUUAAUUAAACACACAUGAAACUACACUUUAAAACGUGUUCUGUUUGUAUUCUUCUGCUAAAUCUA